UUAUUUUACGUUGACGUUUCUUCUAAAGUUGUACUGAUUGUAUUUUUGUAUAUUGUAUUUGAUUUUUUUAGAUCAAAUAUUCUUUCAUUUUUGCCAUUUUCCCUCACCACUGCAAUGGCUUGUGUACAACAAGUUAAAACUUCACAGGAGAUUCAGCUGUUGCCAAAUCAGGUUCUCUCAGAGCAGCAGUCCAUGGUUGUUAUGAAGAGGCUUCUGGCCAUCGCAGUGUCUGGCAUCACAUACCUUCGAGGCCUUUUCCCAGAGAAAGCCUACGGCAGCAGAUAUGUUGAGGAUCAGAAAGUGAUGAUCCUGAAAGAGGAGCGCAGCUGUCCCGGAGCCAAUCAGAUUGUUCAAUGGAUGCAGGGAUGCUUUGACGCCAUCCAGAAGAAAUAUCUGCGGACAGUCAUUAUGUCUCUCUACACUGACCCAGAGAACCCCCAGAAAGUGACUGAGUAUUACCAGUUUAGGAUCCAUUACACAACAAAAGGAGCGCAGAUGGACUUUGAGAGCAGCAACAACAACAACAACACGGUGUCGGCGAUGUCCUGUGGCAACAGUAAGAAGGCCAGCAUCCUGCUGGUGAGGAAGCUCUACACUCUGAUGCAAAGCCUGGGUCCUCUGCCAGACAACGUCUGCCUCAACAUGAAGCUGGCUUACUACGACAAUGUCACGCCUCAGGACUACCAGCCGCCCGGUUUCAAGGAGGCGGACGGUGACACCAUGGAGUUUGAGAAGGAGCCGCUUAAACUCACCAUGGGCGAGGUGGUCACUCCCUUCCACACUUUGAAGUUGGACAUGGCCACAGAGAGACAGAGACUGGAGCAGGUGGAGGAGAGCGUUCAUAUGACGGAGAAGUGGAUUGUGAAUUUGGAGGUGGACGGCGACCUGUCGCAGACUCAUGUGAUUGAAGACGUGGAGAAGCUGGACAACGACAACACAUAUGUGGAGAACUCUGAGAUCCAGAUGAGCCGUCAUGAGAAGAUCGAGAGCUGUGAGGAAGCCACAGAGAUGGACACUCUGGUGAAGAAGACCUCCGACAUGAAGGUGGGCCUGAAGAGGACCAGGAGUGGACGGAUCUUCAAAUCAACUACGAGAAAACUGACUGUGAACAAGAAGAAGUCGGCUGCUAUGAACAAAACGGUUUCUCAGUAUGACAUCCCCAACAGCCAGGAAACGGCGUCCUCCUCCGCGCCGAAGAAGCGCAAAUUCAGCGAGCCCAAAGAGCGCUACUGACCUCACACCUCGCCGCUAACACAGCUGAUGUUACACAGUUUUUACAGGACAUCUCUCUCCUUAUUGCGUUGAUUUCCAGGCUGCGAUAUAACUCUUUGUUUAAAUGCAGUUUAAAUAAGUACAAAUGUAUUCUUUAACACGUGGACAUGUUCGACUGUUUGUCAGUUUACAA